GGUGGUGGAGGAGAGCGAGUCUUCGAUACGCUCGUUUUAUCUCGUCUUGCGAGCAGUCCGUAGAACACUCGAGAACUUCGUAGAACUUGUAAUUAUUACCACCUGACAUCAUAUUGUUUUUUUUUGUUUAUGAGUGGGAGUGCUGUUGAUCCGCCGCCGGAGUUGAACGCGUAAUUCCAUAGCAGUCUUUUUAUCGUAAUCUUGACGAAUGCAGCUGGGGAAUGUCUCUCGCACCGAAAUUGAAGUUUUAUAAUGGAUGUGAGAUUCCAGUGCUGGGGCUGGGCACGUGGAAGUCGAAGCCUGGUGAAGUUGGUCAAGCAGUCAGAGAUGCCAUUGAUAUCGGCUAUCGUCACAUCGACUGUGCCCUUGCCUACGGGAACGAGAGCGAAGUUGGCGAAGCCAUCAGAGACAAAAUUUCCCAAGGGGUUGUGAAGCGAGAGGACCUCUUCAUCACAUCUAAACUGUUCAACAACUACCACAAGUUCGAGUCCGUGGAGAAGGGGAUAAGGAAGACCCUGGGUAAUCUGGGGCUGGAGUAUCUCGAUCUCUACCUCAUCCACUGGCCAGUUGCUCACGAGGAUGGAGACGAGCUAUUCCCCAAGAAUCCUGAUGGCUCGAUCAAACUCGCGGAUAUUGAUUACCUAGAGACUUGGAGGGGCAUGGAGCUAGUUCAUGGAAAGGGAUUGACUAGGAACAUUGGCGUCAGCAAUUUCAAUUCCGAGCAGAUCAGUAGAUUGUUGGAGAAUUGCAAAAUUAGGCCUCUUAUUAAUCAGGUGGAAUGUCACCCAUACCUGACCCAACAGAGACUAUCAAAAUUCUGUAAAGAUAAGAACAUUAUCAUCACAGCCUAUUGUCCCCUGGGCUCCCCAGACAGACCCUGGGCGAGGCCAGAGGACCCGAAAUUGCUUGACGACAAGAAUCUUCUCAAAAUAAGUCAGAAGUAUAAAAAAACACCAGCUCAAGUCGUCAUUCGAUACCAGAUUGAUCGUGGGCACGUGGUUAUCCCCAAGACCGUGACCAAGUCGAGGCUUCUGGAGAACUUCCAGGUGUUCGAUUUCAAAUUGAGUCCUGAGGACAUUUCCUAUAUUAAUUCUCUGGAUGUCAAUGGGAGGCUCUGCGCCCUUGCUGAUCGCAAGGCGAGCCCCUACUAUCCAUUCCACAUCGACUUCUGAGAACCGGAAAUAGAACUGAGAAUUAAUGAGAGAUAAAAAAGAGAAAGACCUUUGUUUAUGCCACUGGGACCAUUGUACUUUUAUCAAUAACAUUCAACGUGAAUACUCUGAUGACAUAACAGAAAUAAAGUACGGGAAUAUUUAUAGUU